AUGCUCUCUUCGUGUUUCCUCUCCUGUUUUCCUUCCGUUGCCCUGGAUCUCGACUGCUUCCCUCAACCCUCGACCCCCCCCUGGACACGGACCUUGUCGCCUCUCUCCCUGCCCCACGGACCUCACUUGGAUCACGGACCCCUUUCGCCUAGCCCCCUUUGGAUUUGUCUGCUUCCUCAUCCAACAUCACGCGUCGACCUCUGUCCCUCGGCCAGCAGCGCCGACCUCUGCCCCUCGGCCAGCAGCGUCGACCUCUGCCCCUCGGCCAGCUCCUCAGCUGCCCUUCUCGUCUCCGGCUCCGAUGACGUCUGCUGCUUCCACGCCGCCGAUGACGUCUGCCGCUUCCACGCCGCCGAUGACGUCAUCCUCUUCACCUCCGACUUGUCCUUCUCAUUUCAGGCGAGACGCACCAUGGCGCCACUUGCGCCCGCCUUCCCGACGACCAAGAUGGUGGCCGUUCCUUCGUCGCCCGCCUCGCCGGCUUCAGCGGCAUUCUACUCGCCACCGCCACCAGACUCAUCCCCGGUGGAUUCGGGGACACUUGGGCCGGCGACCCACCACCAGUUCGCCCCUCCGCCCUCCCUUGACUUACGUGCCUGGGUUUUUUGUGGUUCCACUUCUAGGACAUCUGGGAUCUGUCCAUAA